AGGAAGGGAUCACUCACACAGACACACAAGACACAUUAUAUAGCAAGACUUGCACACAAGCGCACCUAUUGGGUUUUCGAGAGCGUCCAUGCGUAUUGCGAUGGCUACAGUUGUCAGAGGGAGUUGGGACUUGGUGGUGGAAGACGGGGUUUAGAAAAUGCGGAGGAGAGGAAGACAUUGACGAGGAGAUAUAAAGAACGCAGGGGGGAGAGUGUGAGAACUUUGAUCAAGCCUUCCUACAGAGAUUGUUAAAAUAGACAGUGAGAGCCGGACACAGGAAUGGAAAGGACAAAAUCAAGUUAGUUAAUAUGCAUGUUUCAUUUUCACCUGCAUCCUGAUAGAAAAUGAAUUCCAUCUUGGAGGUUUAAGUUCUAAUCACACAGAGAGCUUAACUGAUGCUUCUACAUUUAAUAAUUUAGCAAACUUUAUUAUCCAGAGUGAGUACAUACAUUUUUCAAGCUGGUCCCACAUGGGAAUCGAACCCACAACUCUGGCGUUGCAAGUGCCAUGCUCUACCAACUGAGCCAACUGUUGAAUAUGCACUGGGUGACAAACUCAUCCAAGAAAAUUACAUUUUUUCCCCCUCCCACAACCACGUAUGAGGAUGUCCCCCAGUAGAAAAAUGUUGACUUUUUGAAAAAACACAGCAGCUUUUCAAGAGGAGGAUUUUUCAAUGUUUUUGACAGGAGGAAUGUUGGUGGGAAAUACCAAGGAGGAUUUUCCUCAAAGCCUUUCUCCCAGAUUCUCGCUGAGAUUCUCUUGCCGUUUUGGCUUUUCUUGUUGUUGCGGCGUCUUCGGUCCUCUCUGUUUGACAUAUCAUUCAUUUGAGUGGCAAUGGGAUGCCAGGUGCGGCGUGAAGAAAGCAACAGGGUCGCGAGAAAGGAGAGUGGCAAGAGAACCACAGCUGUCAAAAGAGGAAGGAAACAAAGAAAAGCAGAAGUAGAAAGAGCAGAGAAAAAAAGGGGGAAGAAAUAUGAGUUUGCCAACAAACUGUGUACUCCUGGCCCCCUCCUCGGACCGGUCGUUCAAAGUGCGGAAUGGGAAUAUCUGUGGAUCCCUGUGCGCAGUCAACCGGCCCAUUGACAUUGUGCAGAAGCGCAGGCGCUUUGAUGUGGAGAAUGGGCUGUCGGUGGGGCGCAGUCCCCUGGACCCCCAGGUCAGCCCCAGCUCCGGCCUGGUCCUACAGGCCAACUACCCCCACAGCCAGCGCCGCGAGUCCUUCCUCUAUCGCUCCGACUCAGAUUUCGACCUCUCGCCCAAAGCCAUGUCCCGCAACUCCUCCACGGCCAGUGAGCUACAUGGAGAAGACAUGAUUGUGACACCAUUUGCACAGGUGCUUGCCAGUCUCCGAACAGUCAGAAGCAAUUUUGCCUACAUAACUCAUCUGCAAGAUCGGCCCAACAGGCGGCCAUCAGGCAGCAACCCUCCCUCCAUACCUACCCACACCAAGUCAAGCAUAACAGAGGAGCCAUACCAGAAGCUGGCCAUGGAGACGCUGGAGGAGCUGGACUGGUGUCUGGACCAGCUGGAGACCCUGCAGACCCGUCACUCAGUCAGUGAAAUGGCUUCCAACAAGUUCAAAAGGAUGUUGAACAGAGAGCUCACCCAGUUGUCAGAAACCAGCCGGUCAGGAAACCAAGUCUCAGAGUUUAUCGCCAACACUUUCCUAGAAAAGCAGCAUGAUGUGGAGAUUAUGUCUGGGCCUCCUAAGGAGAAAGACAAGAAGAAGAAGAGGCCCAUGUCCCAGAUCGUUGCGGUGAAGAAGCCUGCCCUCAGCCCCAGCCUCGCCCCCACCCAGAUCCCCCGUUUCGGGGUCACCACCCUCCAGGAGGGCUUAUUGGCCACGGAAUUUGAGGAGAUCAACAGAUGGGGUCUAGAUAUUUUCAAGAUAGCUGAAUACUCUGGGAAUCGGCCUUUGACGGUGGUCAUGUACUCCAUUUUCCAGGAGCGAGAGCUGCUGAAAAACUUUAAGAUCCCAGCCGACACCUUCAUCACCUUCAUGAUGACCCUGGAGGACCACUACCACGCCGACGUGGCCUACCACAACAACAUCCACGCUGCCGACGUGGUACAGUCCACCCACGUUCUCCUCUCCACCCCCGCCCUGGAGGCUGUCUUCACUGACCUGGAGAUCAUGGCUGCUCUGUUUAGCAGUGCUAUACACGACGUAGAUCACCCCGGAGUGUCCAACCAGUUCCUCAUCAACACAAAUUCUGAGCUGGCUCUGAUGUACAACGACGCUUCUGUCCUGGAGAACCACCACCUGGCUGUGGGCUUCAAGCUGCUACAGGAGGACAACUGUGACAUCUUCCAGAGCCUCAGCAAGAAACAGAGACAGUCCCUCAGGAAGAUGGUCAUCGACAUGGUGUUGGCCACUGACAUGUCCAAGCACAUGAACUUCCUGGCUGACCUGAAGACAAUGGUGGAGACCAAGAAGGUGACCAGUCUUGGAGUGCUGCUGCUGGACAACUACUCAGACCGCAUCCAGGUCCUUCAGAACAUGGUUCACUGUGCUGACCUCAGUAACCCCACCAAGCCUCUGGAGGUCUACCGUAAGUGGACCGACCGCAUCAUGGUGGAGUUCUUCACCCAGGGGGACAGGGAGCGGGACAAGGGAAUUGAGAUCAGCCCUAUGUGUGACAAACAUAACGCCUCCGUCGAGAAGACCCAGGUGGGAUUCAUAGACUACAUCGUCCACCCUCUUUGGGAGACGUGGGCUGACCUGGUCCACCCUGACGCCCAGGACAUCCUGGAUACCCUGGAGGACAACCGGGAGUGGUAUCAAAGUAUGAUCCAGCGCAGUCCCUCACCCACCCUUGAGGACAGGGAUCUUGAUGGGGGGCCAGGAGCCCUGGAAGCCACAUCGGGGGGAUGCGCCUCCACAGGGGACAAGUUCCAGUUUGAACUCACCCUGGAGGAGCAGGAGGAGGAGGAGGAGGGUGACUCAGACCUGGAGAGCCCCCCCGAGGAGGAGACGUCACAGGGGGGAGAGACCUCUAGGAAGACCCUGGCCCUGUCUCUAUCCCCAGAGCCCAGCAGCAGAUACCGGCCCCCCUCCCCCCACCCUGGCCGGGCCCUCAGUCUGGCCACCAUGUCAGUUAGGAGCCCCGACCAUCUCAGAACGUUGGGCCCCGGGGUGGGCGCGGACGACAUAGGCGAUAGGGACAGAAAACUGGGCCAGGAAGGCAGUAGUGUAGCUUACCUACGGCUUGGCACGUAACACAAACCUUGGCCCUCCCUUCAACUCAUUCCAUCCCUGCCUUGGUUUGUGGGUCCCAGCAGCAAUUGGACAUGCAGGGUGGGCUUUUUAUCAAGUCUGUAAUGACAACAGUUCCUUUACACUGGAGACACCUUAACACUUUUAAUAUUGUAGAACAAGAAGUAUCGUUUUAUUCUCUAUUUUCUUCUGUGUGCGAGAUAGGACUUUUUAGUCCUGCAUUCUGUAGUUGAUUCUGGGCGGAAAGUGUCUUAGACUCGAAGGUAGAGAACUGACCACAAGCUAACCAGCCUCACCAAUGUCUCCUGACGAAGCAAGGAAUUAUACUGAGAAAACAAUGUCUUCCUCAAAAUGAUGGAAUAUAGAUAUUCAAUGGAAUAUUGCAAGGAUUGUAAUCAUUUUACAGGGUCUUGGAACUUUUGCACCACACAUUUUGAAUUCAGUCAGCAUAAACUCGUAUAUUUUAUUUAGUUAGUCUCUGAGAAUUCUGUGAAUGUUUUACCAAAUCCAGUAUGUACCUGAAUAGUGAGAGAAUUGUAACUUAAACCUCAGGGUAUAACGAGAUAUAAAUUAUUUUAAUGUAGCACGGACUUCUUGGGUACCCCUUAACUGAGACUGCCUGUUUAGAGUUGUGUUACUAAUGACAAACAGCUCUUAGAACCUUACAGCUUCAAGUUAUGCAAAAAUACAUAUUUAUUUGUCUGGCGACCUC